AUGGUUUGGAACUCACAGUCAUGUGUUACAGAGAUUUCCACCAUUUUUAAACAAGGCAAAGCCCAUGGCAGGAUAUCCAACACUACUUGUCUUCUUUCGUACUGCAACAACAACAGACUGGAAUGGUAUUGCUAUAUUGUGAUUAUACUUUGGCUUUUAGUUCUGCUAAUAGGAAUUCUGGGGAAUGCAUUCACUCUACUCUGCUAUAUAUACACUGUGAAAUCAUGGACCACGAGCACAGUAUUUUUGUUCAAUCUGGCACUGUGUGACUUCACUUGGAUUCUCUUGAUUCCUUUUUCAGCCUACUACCAUCUACACAAGCAGGCAGCAUACUCCAUUCAAAUAUUUUGCCAAUUUAAAAGAACAUUCUUUGACAUCAACAUCUAUGGAAGCAUCUAUUUUCUCACUCUGAUCAGCUUUGACCGGUACAUUGGUGCUGUCCAUCCUAUCUGCUCCUUAAAAUGGUGGAAUAAAAACAGGGCUGUGUCUUGCACCACAGCCGUAUGGAUCUUCAUUUUUAUAGAGUCCAUUCCUGAUUUUUACUACAUGUUUGUGGUCCAAAGACAAAGGGAAGCUGUAGCUUGCCUGGAUAAUAUUGUAGAACCUCUGUACUUUAUGUUGCCUGUCACAAUUUCCAGAGUUUUGUUUGGAUUCCUUAUUCCAAUCACAGUCAUCUUCACGUGCUAUAUAUUGACCCUGAAAGCGUUACGGAAAAUGAAGACGCACCAACAGAGAAGACGCAGAAUUGUAAAGCCCUUGGUUCUGGUUUCAGCGGCAAUGAUUGUUUUUGCUGUGGCAUUCAUCCCUUACCACAUCAUGAUUAUGGCAGUGCUAAUUUACAGAACGAAUUACCAACUCAACUCUGAAAACAUAAGCCUGAUAUUCAUCAUCUACAAGCUCACAGAAAUCAUUUGCUGUAUUAGCAGUUGCCUAAACCCAUUCAUUUUUAUGCUAGCAAGUAAGAAAUGCCAAGAGACGUUAAAAACUAUCCAGUGCUCUCCUAAGCACAGGUGCCUUUGCUGCCCAUCACAUAAAGUGAGAGAUAUUGCAGCUGCACUGUGA